CUCCCCCCCCCCCUUGUCCCUGGUCUCUCGUCUCCCCUGCCACCAAAGCGUGCCCCGUUCGCCGCCCCGCCCUCCCAUCCCGGCAUCCCUCUUGGCUUAGACCUUCCGCUGGCGAGCGCGGCCAAGAUAUCGACCAAGCGCGCGCGCGCCCUCUGUCCCAUCAAACAUGAUGUCCCUUCCGUAUUUGCUCACCCGGCCGGCCGGCCAGGCUGCAUUCACCAUGCCGCAGUGGGCCCCGGGCUCCGGGCUACUCCUCGCCCGGGCUCUGGCCACCUAUCAUUCCGGAGCCGGAAACCAGGAUGAGAAUAGCGUCAGUUUGAACAUUUUCAAAGCCGCUCGUCGUCGAGCGCCGGCCACCUCGGCCUCGGCAUCUGCCGCCACCAGCACCGCGGCCGGGUCCGCCGCCGCCCCCGAGGACCCCGGCUCGGGGAGCUGGGCCGCGCGCCAGCACGCGCAACUUGCCCGGCACCCGGAUCGCAAGGGCAACCCCGGGUAUGCCUAUCUUGCAGGGUUUGGCACCAUCUCCGAAGGGGGCAACAAUGCAGCCCCGGAGGGAGAGGCCGAACCGACCGGCGACGACAAGGAACUUGCCCCUGCGGCCCUGCGGCGGCAGAAGCGCCUCUUGCGCCAGCGCCAGCGGUCGCAGUCGCGCAAGUCGUCCGACCACCAGUGUGACCAUGAUCACAGCUGUGGCGAUGAUCAUGACGAUGCCGAUGAUGCCGAUGAUGCCGAUGAUGCUGAUGGGACGGACGGUGUUUAUGACAGCGCUGAUGAGCACCACACCGCGUCGGACUGCGACCAUGACCAUUCCCACGGCCACGGCUCCUCCCCCGCUGGCGGCCAAGCCAAGCGGCCCCCCUCGCGCCGGGCCGCCAACCACCGGUCCCACUCAUGGUCCAGGAGUGCCAUCUCCCCGGGCGAGGUGAAGACCUUCAUGCGCCGGGUCAAGGGCAACAUGUGUCUGCUGUGUGGCACCCACCCAAGCAGCCAGCCCUGCCUGAAUCCGCAGCUCCAAAAGCUCGGGCUCACCUUCAUCCACAACCGGAAUCCCUUUUCCUACAUUUCGGCCCAGGAGUACUCCUUCUCCUCGGCGUGCGUCUUUUGCGGCGAGGUGAACCACGCGUCCGCCGACUGUCGCCUUGCCCGGCGCAUCGGCGUCAGCUACUCGCCGAAUGGGUUUUCCCGGCCGUCGGAGCUGACCCUGGCCCUGUCGAGCCAGGGCCUGUGCUCCUUUUGCCUGGCCCCCCACUCGUCAUGGGACUGCCCGGAUCGGCCCUACUACGCCGGUGUUUCGACGCCGGUCCCCUGCAAGGACAGCCAGGCUCUGAGCCAGCGCUUUUCGGCCGACCUGUGCGUGGUGUGCGGCAAGCACUCCUAUGCCGAUGUCUGUCCGGAACUCCUGUCCCAGGGGGUCAUCUAUGUGGGGCAUGCCUUUCCCUUUGGCCGCCUGGUCAAGGACGUGGCCCGGAGCCAGCACGCCCUGGCCAUGACCCCGAUGCUGACCACGCCGGUGCGCAUGCCGCCGCAUUUCAACCGCGAGAACUACCCCAACAUGGAUCCGCGGUCGUUGUCGGUGCUGGAGCAAUUCUACCGCCUGCGCAAGGAACAGGGCUUCACCCUGCAGCCGGAUCAGUGUGCCAUUUGCGGGCUGACGCACCCGGUGCCGGGGCUUUGUCAGCCGGCUUUGCGGGCUGGCUACCGGUUUACGCAUGACUUCAACCGGUACAUCUAUUCCUCGGCUCUGGUCCGCUCAGCGGCCCAGGGGACCCUGUCGAACAAUUUCCACCAGCGCUCGGCCACCCCCUUCGGCGACCCCUUCUUCACGGCGGCGAUCCAGGGCCAGCGACUGAACCCGCGCCCGUGGGCUGAGGGCGAAUCGGCGAGCGGCUCGGCCGCCGGUUCCCCGGCCGUCGGGUCCAUGUUCACCGGCACGGGCAUGGCCAAUUACCCGGAUGACCAGUCUCUCGGCGAGUCAGACGAGCUGACCCCCGGCAUCUCGCUGACCCCCUUCCGGACCAUCCCUCCCACCGGGAUCCGGGGCCAGGAGCCGCGCAUCAUCCAGCCGGCCAGUCGCGUGCAAUUGUCCAAUUCCCUGCGCCUGUUGAAGUCCAUCGGGACCAAGGUCCACCACCGGUUCUUGCCAUACUCCAGCCUCCUGGCCACCGAGGGACAAUCCCUGUGUGGCUAUUGCUUCGAGCAUAGUGCGCACUUGCCGUGCCCGGUUCUCCAGCGCCUGGACAUCUUGCUGCAGUACAACAUCUUCCACCUGCCGGCGCAGGCGACCCAGGACCAGCGCCUCCGCGAGGGCUUGUGCCCGGUGUGCGGCACCCAUCCGGCCACGGUGUCCUGCUUCCUGUACGACGUGCUGGCAUUGGACCCGCGCAAUCCGCUGCUCCGGCUGCCGGGGCUGAUGUCCACGCGCAAUGACCUCGGCAUGUGCCGGCUGUGUGGGCUCCACGCCAAGGACACCCCCUGCCGGGCCAUCAACAGCCUCGGCUGGGAGGUCAACUCGCAUGCCUUCAACAUGCGCAAGACCCGGCAAUACCCGCUGGAAAUGAAUGGCAUGUGCUCCUUCUGCGGGCGGCAUUCCAAUACGGAGGCCUGCCCGCACUUCCCCUCCACGUCGGCCCUCUAUGUGCGGAAUACGCUGGUCGUGUCGCCCUUCAUGCAGGAGCUCUCCUCCCGGCAUGACAUUUGCCCCACCUGCUUCGGGCACAGCCAGCUGAGCAAGUGCCCGGUGGCGCAUCAGGUCAAUUUGCGCACCUACCCGCGCUUCCAGAACCCCAUGCUGCCGGUGACCGUGCGCAAGCAGGGGCUCUACUAUACGCCGGAGCCGCACCCGGAUCCCAUCUACCUGCCGGAUGAGCAGGUGAUGGUGGUGCGCCGGAGCCAGAUCGGGGAGAUAUGUGCCAUUUGUCUGAAGGACCAUCCUCCCUCGGAGCGCUGUGUGUCCCUCUUUGAGGGGGAGAAUUUGGUGCAAUUGCGCAAGCAGCUGUACCGCCGGGCGGUGGCGUCCACCAUUUGCGAGAUGUGCCCCCUGUGCUCGGCCCAUCCGCUGGAUGAGCCCUGUCCGUACUACCUGUCGCCGGAGCGCCUGACCCGGGUGCGUGUGACGCAGGAGCGCCGGGCGGAGCGUGCCCGGCGCGAGGGCCUGCCCAUUCCGUCCAACCGCCCGGGGCGCAAUCCGCACCACUCGGCCGGGCCCGGCAUCGCCGGGACCAACAGCCAGCAGCCCCUGGACUCGAUGAUCAUCACGGCGGUGGUGUCGCAUGGCGGCCGCAAGGGCUCGGUCCUGCUUCGGGGCCGGCUGCACUUGCACCCGAAUGAGCUGGAAGAGCGCCUGCAAAGCCAACGGUGCCUGUACUGUGGCCUGCAUGGGAAUGCCCAGCCGUGCGCCCUCAUGGCGUCUCUCGGGUUCGUGGUGACCGGGCCCCAUCGGCAAUUGCAAAUGGCGGCCGAGGCUCGUGCCGUGGCCGAGGACCUGGGCCUGUGCCUGCGGUGCUUCUCACAUCACCGGUCGCGGCCGUGCGACGAGUCGGUGGCCAACAGCGCGGCCGGCCGGGCUGGCCUGCCGCUGGCCGUGUCGGAUGAGCUCUUCGCGCGGUACUUUGAUCCGGAAUCGCCGGACUUCCGGGCCCCCAGCGGCCCGGCCUCCCUGGGCACCGCCGGGCGCAAGAUGAAUGUCCUGCUGCCGGCCGAGUACUUCGAGUCCGUGUCGCCGGUCAACUCGUCGCUGAACUUCUCGCACAACUUCCUGCGCACGGUGUCCAUCAUCCGGGACACCCUGCUCAAGAAUCACAUCUACAAGCCGUGUCUCUUCUGCGAUGUGGUGCACGGGCAUGAGCCCUGCCCGCAGCUGACCAAGCUGGGCUUCAUCCACAAUGGCCACUCGCGCAAUCCGCUGCAGGUGCGCCUGGAUGUGUUGAUUUCUCGGAAUAUCGCACGGAACUGCGGCAUUUGCGGCUCGCAUCCGGAUUCGCUCGAGUGCCCGAUCGUGGCGCAAAUGGGCGUGCGCUUCGUCAACAACCGCUUCUAUCCCCAGACAAACAUCGAGUCGAACAAGCGCAACCACUGCCACCUGUGUCUGCUGCACCUGGCCAGCGAGCAGUGCCCCUUCCUGUCGUUGGUUCACCAGUCGACGCCGACCCGGGCGCGCGAUCCCCUGGCCAAGCUCCGCAUUGCCAACAACCUGUGACUUACCUGUGGCAACCAUGAGUACCGCGAGGACAUGGCCAACUGCCCGCGUGCCGCCGAGGCGGCAGCCGUCCGCCGGUCGGCCGAUUCCACCCGCCGCCGGACGGAGAUGUCCCGGUUGCGCACCAUGUGAUGGGGGACCGGCGGGAGGCCCUUUGCCCGGUCUUGUCUACUUCCCCCCCCCUCCCCCCUCCCCCCUCCCCUCUC